AUGACACUGCACACCCCGACAGCGGCCAGCAAACGGUUGCCCGUUCGUCGAUGCCUUUUUGGGAGGCCGGAUCCGGUUGAGACGCAAGCCUGGCUGACAAGUCAGCUCGACGAGAUCCGCCGCGAGAAGGAGGCCAAGUGGGCGUUCGACUUUGAGCACGAGGUCUCGCUCCCCACCGCCUCCACGUCCGAUUACGAAUUCAUCCCGGUUGAAUCGAUGAGCGUGCCCAGCUUCUAUAGACUGAAGGUCAUCAUGCCGACAGCCAAGCGCCUGCCCAACUCUACCGGCACCUCCCCCGCCGAAUCCGAGGACUCUGACUGCUCCUUCAUGGACACGUCGGACGACUCGUCGAUGAUCGCCUCCCCCUCGCCCACCAAACGAGGCCACAACACCCCGAAACGGCCCCGGAAACUGGACUCGAGAGCCCAGCGCAAGCUGACAAAUUACAUGCACCCGAAGAAACGCCUCAGCCACUCGUCGAAAAAGUCGGAUCGCUCGGUGCCGGAUUCUAGUCCCGCCUCGUCCUCCUCGGUGCGCUCCAAC